AUGGUUACAAUUGGUAGUUCCUCCCUGGUAUUAUUUCUUUUCUUCGUAGUUUUUGUACAGAUCACUUAUACAGCUUUACACAGAUUUUCCCGCUUGUUGUGCACUUUUUUUUCGAAGAUUAUUGAAGAGGGAUGCGUUUGGUACAAUAAAAAACAUAGGUUCCCAAACCUAUAUAAAUAUAUAUAUGUAUAUGUAUAUAUACUACAUAUAUGCUUUGAGAAAUAUGUGAAUGUUGAGAUAAUUGUUGGGAUUCCAUUGUUGAUAAAGGCUAUAAUAUUAGGUAUACAGAAUAUACUAGAAGUUCUCCUCAAGGAUUUAGGAAUCCAUAAAAGGGAAUCUGCAAUUCUACACAAUUCUAUAAAUAUUAUUAUCAUCAUUUUAUAUGUUUAUAUUCAUUGA